AUGUCUCUCAUCAAAUUUUACCGCGCCGACUACUCCUCGGCGGGCGUUACCGACGCCGUCUUCCGCGAGCUCGAGGCGGCCGCCGGCCAUCCCCUCGCCGAGCGCAUCGACGUCGCCCUGCACACGGGCACCCGCGACGCCGCCUUUCUCGCCAUCAACCCCAACGGCUUCGUGCCCGCCAUCGUGCCCGCCGACGGGGUGCCGCUGUGGGAGUCGGCCGCCAUCACCAUGUACCUCGGGGAGCUGCACGGCGUGGACGCGGGCCUGUACCCGGAGGCCAAAACGACGCUGCGCGGGCAGGCGAUGAAGUGGAUCGUGUGGUCGAACGUGAACCUGCCUAUGACGGCGCGCCAGAUUAGCCGCGUGAUUCAUGGCAAGAAGGAGGAGGAUGCGGACGUGCAGAAGCUGAGGGAAAAGGACGCGGAGACGGCCAAGGGGGAGCUGGAGAAGCAGCUCAAGGUGCUGGACGGGGGGCUGGAGGGCAAGAAUUAUUUGCUGGGAGAAACGUAUUCGUUGGCGGACACGCACAUAUGGUCGUUUAUGAGCUACAUCAAGAUGCUGGGCGUGGACCUGGACAAGAUGGGCAACCUGAAGGCGUGGCUCGACAGGGUGGGUGCGAGGGAGCAGCUCAAGGGUCUGUAA